AAUUAAGGCCAAUUUUCUUAUAGCAUCUAACCAUAUUUUACCUUAUGUUAAAGUUAAAUUAAAGUUAACCAAACUUUGAUAAAAUAAAAAACAUACUAAAAAUUUAAAUUAAAAUAAUGGAAAAUUACAAAAAAGGAAAGAAUAUCGAAGAACCUUUAGAGAGAAAUAAAAUACCUAUACCUAAACUUCCAGAGAAUUUUCUAUGGAUGCAGGUACGGGGAGGUAGCAAAAUUAGAAAUCUUCUACCACACGCUAUAAAUGAAUUCCGAGAAGCCAAACAUGUUGUAUGGACGGGUUUCGGAUCAUCUGUAGGAAAAUGCAUAACUUGUGCAGAAAUUAUGAAAAGAGAAUUCAAUAACACUCUACAUCAAAUAACAAAAAUAUGUUAUAGACUUGUUGAAGAAUACUGGGAUCCUCUGUUGCCAGAACUUGAUCAAAUAGUGGUGAAACGAAGACUGCCAAUGAUCCAUAUAUAUUUGUCUUCUGAGAGCAUAGAUACUGAAGAAUUAGGGUAUCAAGCUCCUGGGCAAAUACUAUUUUUCAACAGUCAGACUAAGGGUAAUAAACAAAAACCAAGGAAUAAUGAUGAAAAACAGUAUUCAAAAAGAAAUCAAAGGAAAAAUAGGGACAAAAGACCAAAAAAUGACUCUACUACGAAUGGUUCUAGCAGUAGCAAUGUAGUCAGUAUAUCAGAAAAUAGCUAGACUUACUUAUUAAGGUUUUCUUCUAUUAUAUGUAAAUAAACUAUUUUUUUUAAUAAAACAAAUAAUGUACUUAAAAAUA